CAAUCUAACAUAAGUGACUCAACUCGUAUAUCAUAAUUUUAAAAGGCUUAUAACUAUAAAUCAUUUUGGUGAAUACUGUCUGUAGAAAAGGCUGUACUAAUAACCGUUUCGGGUAGAUCAUUUUUCUAAUGGACUUUUACUUCUGUUUGCGUGGAUUUACUCUUGGUGAAUGCAGGAAAUAGCCAGAGGCGGGCUUAUCAUACACAGAGGCGGGUUUAUCAAUACUGGGCUCUCAUUGGCCACUACAAUAAUUAAGGCCUGUUCUUCACUAUGAAACAACUUCCUAAACAGAAAAAGUGUUUGCUAGGCUUUCCAGACUAGUGUACGUGUCUGCCUUAGUUGGACAAUUAUAAAUUGACAGCUAAGCAACAGCAAUGAAAUUUCAACGCAACACGGAAGCCAUACUGCUUCCAGUAUUACUGUUAUAUUACAUAGCAGUGGCUUCUGGUUUCGAAUGUCCACCGGAAGCCAUACUGCUUUCAGUAUUACUGUUAUAUUACAUAGCAGUGGCUUCUGGUUUCGAAUGUCCACCGGAAGCCAUACUGCUUUCAGUAUUACUGUUAUAUUACAUAGCAGUGGCUUCUGGUUUCGAAUGUCCACCGGAAGCCAAACAAUUGUACUACAAGGUCGGUGAAAACAAAGAGUGCAUGAAAUGUUCACCUGGAUAUUAUUGGCUCCACCACUGCAUUUUUAACUUGACUAACGCAGUCUGCACGCCAUGUCCGAAAGGCUCAUAUUCUCCAUGCAACAAUAUUGCCCUUGCAUGUGAACGCUGCGACACCCAUUGUCCAGGGUUUAGCAAUCAAGAUGCGUAUAAAGACAGGGAAUAUAUCAGUGAAGCAUGCACUGCCAUCUCCAACAUAAAAUGUUCUUGUAGACAAUCAUAUUACAAAGAACCCGGGGAAGAUGGGAUGUGUACGGAAAAACAACCAUGCCCUCCUGGGAGUGGAGUGCUUCGAAAAGCAACAGACAAGUCCCAGACUCAAUGCCAGGUAUGCUCGGUCGGCAAAACGUUCUCAAAUAUCACAUCACUCAGUGAACCAUGUCAGAACUGUACCGUCUGUGCCCCGGGAGAACACAUGCUUCAGGACUGCACCUUGUCUAGAGACCGAGUUUGUGGCCAGGCAUCAACAACAGUUUCAGUUGAUGCAAAUUCGCCAAAAGGCGAUUCUACAGUGACGAUCGUGGCCAUAUCAGCAGCAGCUUCUGCUGUCGUUGUCAUAGUAGCCAUAAUUGUUGUUAUCUGUGUAGUAAGAAGAACAGAAUGCGGACGUGACUUAUGGAGAAGAUGGUUCGGCAAUAAUCAGGCAUUGCUUGGAAGCAGAUACUCAAGCAAUAUAUGUAGAUGGCCAUCCAGGCGACCGACCGACAAGGAGUUAGGAAUAAUUGCCGAUUGUUUUACUGGAGACUAUCAGAUACUUGCUACACAACUGAAUGUAUUGCAGCCACGUGUUUAUCAGAUACAACGUGAUAAUAGCCAAGACAUCCAUUCGCAAGUGCUUGGCGUUCUUUCGGCCUGGGCGAAAGCCGCGGAAUCUGCUACUUUGGCAGAUUUAGAGACUACAAUGCGGAACGUGCAAUCUCUGAAUUUCGAUUGGGUAAAUGCCAAUGAAAAGUUGAACGUCGAGCAGUAAGAUGUUUUAAAUGCUCAGCUAUAAACCAGCACUUGCCCUAUGAAAAAAAUGUCGCAAAAAGAGACACAUUAAUAAAAAACUUCAUUCACAUGGAACAAAAUAUAAACAGGAAAAAUAAAUUAUUGCAUCAACAGCAAGUAUGCUAUGAAUGUUCAUAAAUACAUUACCGUUCUUACACAAAUUGCAUGCAAAACAGAGUAUGUGCAUUUCUUCAUUUGUUUGUUUGGGACUGACUAAGAGGAAGCCCAUCCAAUAAUCAUCUACAAAGACCACUCAGUACGCUGUGUAUGACCUAAACUAUCUAUUGUUUUGUAUUAUGUGUGUAUCCAUAGGUAUAUAACGUUAAUUUUGUACAUGCAUUCAUUAUCGUGUUAUUUAUUUGUGCAUUUCUUGACGUAAUGCUUAAACGUUAGCUAUUGAUUUAUCUAUAUGCUGUAUAUGCAUAAGAUAAUAAACAUGCCGCUCUGUUCUGUUCUGUAUAACAGUGUAAUGACGUAUGUAUAUUAACUUGUAUAUUUCAGUGUUACUUUGUAGAGCAUUUGAUGAGCAUUAAUUUGUGAUGAAUCGUAAGACAUGCUAUGCAAUAUUGUGUUAAAUCUAGUAGGCAGUACUUUGUUGGGUAAGAUGUUUUGUGGAGCCUUGAAUGUCUUUCUUUGUUAAACUGUGUAACAGUAGAUAUAUAUUUGUGGUGCCUUGAAUGUAUUUCUAAAUGUUAAACUGUGUAACAGUAGAUCUGUAUUUCUUUGUUAAACUGUGUAACAGUAUAUCUGUAUUUGUGGUGCCUUGAAUGUAUUUCUAAAUGUUAAACUGUGUAACAGUAGGUCUGUAUUUCUUUGUUAAACUGUGUAGCAGUAGAUCUGUAUUUGUGGUGCCUUGAAUGUGUUUCUUUGUUAAAUUGUGUUACAGAAGAUCUGUAUUUGUGGAGCCUUGAAUGUGUUUCUUUGUUAAAUUGUGUAACAGUAGAUUUAUAUUUGUGGUGGCUUGAAUGUAUUUCUUUGUUAAAUUGUGUAACAGUAGAUUUAUAUUUGUGAUGGCUUGAAUGUAUUUCUUUGUUAAAUUGUGUAACAGUAGAUUUAUAUUUGUGGAGCCUUGAAUGUGUUUCUUUGUUAAAUUGUGUAACAGUAGAUUUAUAUUUGUGGUGGCUUGAAUGUAUUUCUGUGUUAAGAAAAUGUGAUCUAGCUCCGUUUACUCUCUCUUUAUUAGUUAUUGACCCGGUCUGGAAUGAUACAGACAUUACUGGUUAACACCAUAACAAAUACUGGCACAAUGAUUUGUAGGAAUGCUAUUUAUAUAUAUGUAUAAUCGCAAUCCUAUGUUAAGUUACGUAUAUAUUUAUUUGUGGUGCCAUGAAUGUGAUUUUCCUUGUGGCUUAUUGUCUAUGAUCGAUUUAUAAACAAUGAAUUGCAAA